AUGGUUGGUGGGCGGACUAGGGAUGGCUGGGCGAAAAAUUUGUAUACAGCGCAAUAUCACUCCAUCGGACUGGAGUACAGUUUACAUCAAUCUCAUCAAUCAAACACUGGCCCUAGACUAACAAGACUGAACCUCAAAUCACCGUGUCCCGCGUCUUCUUCUGUUUUCAAGAAUCUUCUCACCCCCUUGUCCAACGCCUUCUCACUCAACAUGUCCUCAUCUUCAGCCAACUCUCCUCGGCACAGUGGGCCUUUCCUCCUCCCAUCAAGCUCAUAUAGCCGACCAUCGUUACCUUUGACGAAACACACGAAAUGCAAGUCAACCUUCUCUUCUGCACUAGGAGCACUCGUGUCUCCUUUUUUUGCAGCAUCUGCAUGUGCACUCUCUAGGGCGGAGCUAGAAUACAGUAAGUCUGCUCUCUCUUGA